AUGCCUGUCAAAUUCGUCGAUGGUAAGUUGGUGCUCUCCGACAUGAGCACGGAAACAAUCACUGAAAACACCGUUGCCAUCAACUCCCAGCACGACAAUCGCCGGUUGAAGUUCGUGUUGGAGAGACUAGUACAGCACCUCCAUGAUUUUGCCCGAGAGACAAGAUUGACCACAGAUGAGUGGGAAGCAGGAAUUGAGUUCUUGACUCAGGUCGGAAAGAUGUGUUCAGACAUUAGACAGGAGUUUGUCUUGUUGUCUGAUGUGCUUGGCUUGUCGGUGUUGGUUGAUGGACUUUCGCACCCAAAGCCAGAAAAUGCCACCGUGGGUACUUUGUUGGGACCCUUCCACACUCACGAUGCAGUGGAGCACGAGCAUGACACGUCCAUUUGCUCGGAAGGUAAAGGUGAACCCUUGUUGAUCGAGGGAAAAUUGACCGACCCAGAUGGAAACCCAAUUGAGGGAGCCAAGAUCGACUUGUGGGAAUGUGAUGAAAACGGAUUCUACGAUACUCAGUACGCUGACAGAGAAGGUGCAGACAUGAGAGGAAUCUAUACAACCAGGGCCGACGGUUCUUUUGUCAUCAAGGCUACCCGUCCAGUUCCUUACCCAAUUCCACACGACGGACCUGUUGGUAAGUUUUUGAAGGUGAUCAACAGACAUCCAUACCGUCCCGCACAUAUUCACUUCAUCAUUGAGAAGCCUGGUUACGAUAAGUUGACCACAGCCUUGUACCACAAGGGAGACCCUUACGAGUACUCGGAUGCUGUUUUCGGAGUCAAGACUCCACUCUUGUUCAGCUUGGAUAAGUUGGGUGAAGAGAAGGCCAAGAAGCACAACAUGAAUCCUGACGACUGGUACUUGAAUUGGGACUUUAAGAUCGUCACCGACAAGCAAGCCAAGGAUCUUUUGGUGCAGAAGCUGAAGGCAGACUUGAAGAAGUAUGGAAAAGGAGAAUAUGUGAUUAACGACGAUGGAUUGCCUAUUGCUGCUUUGGAUUAG